CUCCACUCUUCUGCUUUUCCCAUUGCCUAGUGAAUUCGACCACCAUUUUUCUUUCUCCUGGGAUCCUCUGCAACUACUACAAUGGCGUUGGCGCUCCUGGGAUCCUCUGCAGGCAUAGCAGCAGCAACUGCCUCCUCCAAGACUGCCUCACCCACCAUUGCUGCCCUUAACUUGGCCACCCCAUUCUCUGGAACUUCCUUCCGUUCAUCUGCCAAGGCCUCCAAGAGCAGGGCAGCUGGUCUCAGGGUGAAUUGCAUGCAAGUGUGGCCUCCAUAUAAUAACCUGAGAUGGGAGACAUUGUCAUACUUGCCACCCCUUACUCCCGACCAAAUUGUGAAGCAAGUCGACUACCUACUGAGAAACAAGUGGGUUCCUUGCAUAGAGUUUGAAGAGAAUGCUGUAAUCAAUAGGAAAUAUGGUACAACCCCAGGAUACUAUGAUGGAAGGUACUGGAUCAUGUGGAAACUACCCAUGUUUGGUUGCAAUGACGCAGGACAAGUGAUGAGAGAAAUCAAUGAGUGCUCAAAGGCAUACCCCAAGGCCUUUGUUCGCAUCAUCGGCUUUGACGCCGUUCGCCAAGUCCAAUGUAUCUCAUUCAUUGCGCAAAAGCCAUACUAAUCAGCUUGAAAGAACAUUUGGCUUUCUUCUCUAUGUAGUUGUUGGUGUUAGUAAUUUUGUUUAUGUGGGAUUUCGUCAUUUGCCACAUUGGAUCACUUGUGGAGAAAAUUAAUGAGCUUGAUCUCACAUGUCAUUUGUUUUUCUUAUGUUGUGUUUGGAAAGGUUUAAAGACAAGAGAUCCUUAUCGUUUAAUUUCUUAAAAUAAAAAUUUUGUAUCUUGUUAUUA